UUUGCUCCACUUCCUUAUUUGAUCCACUUAUAGUUCUGCUGCCUAAAUGCUUCAUGUCUGCCUAAACCUUACACUCUUUAUAUAAACACCUUAGAUAGCUACCUUUUACAAUGCAAUCAAUUCUCCAUGACCUUCAGUACCCAAUACCCUUUCAACCCAAUACUUACGUAUCUUGCGCGAUAGUAGAAUUGAGACUGGAGAGAUUCUUCGUACUCUUACUCUGCGAUGACGACUUUGAGGUCUGGUCUUUGAACGGCGGGGAGGAAAUAUGUUCAUGGGACUUUUAUAAUUUUUUGUCUUUCGAAAAUCUCUCUUUUGAGAGCUCUACGUACACCAAGUCGUGUCCGCAUGGUUCCCACUCUAGGACAAUGAGAGCCACUUAAGAUAUGCAAGUUUCUCUGUGGAUCUUCCUUCAAUUGACAGCUCCCAAAGCUCGUCAACUGAUUUUGUGUCAGGAAAUCCGCCGACCAUGCCGACGACGGCAGUACAAUGAGAAGAAUGGCGUGCCAAAAGAUUGGAUUUAUUUGGAAGACCAUUGGCUGCUGUCUGGUUGGAAUUGAGUUAGUUGUUAUUUUGGUGCUUCUUAAAUAUUUGUUUUAUCUCCUUGUUGUUGUGCUGUGUAGUGCUAAACGAGAGCCUUUUCAGGGGAGGAAAUACGGCUGAUCUUUCCGUCCCUUUGGAGGACGUUGCUAUCUGGAAGAGACAAAAAUCGUUGAGGCAUCAUAUACAUGCGGCUCCUUUGGAGACGUGCGAGCGGUUACUUGAAUGGAUUGGGUGUAAUAUCUAGAUUUGGUGUUGGUGCCAUGUUGGUCUCAUUCUCACUCACUACUUUACCUGCGUGGAGCCAACACUCACAAUCAGCACUCGAGAAUCACUUCAAAAUUUCAUCUACCUCAAAAUUCAAAUCAGCAUCUGUGUCAACAUCAAUAUGGCUGCCCCCUACGAACUCAUCUAUUACACAGGCGUUCCAGGCCGGGGUGAACAUAUCCGGCUCAUCCUCGAAGAAGCCGGUAUCCCAUACAAAGAUACACAAUUCCUCUCUGUCGAAGAAGCAAAGAAGAGCGUCAUGACUUCACUCAAUAGCAGCCAUGAAAACCCAUCUUAUUUCGCCCCGCCUCUCUUCAAGCACGGCGAUCUCGUAAUCUCUCAGACGCCCAAUAUUCUCCUGUACCUUGGUCCGAAACUAGGACUUGCGGGAUCUCAAGAGAACGACGUGUACAGAGUGAAUGCCCUGGCACUCACUGCGCUCGACCUUCUUAGCAAUGAAGUUCACGAUACACAUCAUCCUAUUGGCACCAUGCUAGCUUGGGAGGACCAGAUGGAGGAGAGUAAGAGACGGAGCAAGGAAUGGGUGCAGAAACACCUCCCUACCGUCUUUGCGUACUGGCAAAGGGCCUUGAAAAAUGAGAAACGUGGACCGGGCCCGUGGCUUUUGGGGGAUACCUUCACGUAUGCUGAUUUGGUCUUGUUCCAGGUGCGUUCCCUCUCUUCUGGCGAUGGCCCUUUUUUGAAUCCCUCCGAGCAUAGUUUAUAAAUGAUGCAUUUUUUGACCUGACUGACAAAUAUCUAUAGUGCCUCGAUGGCGCCCAUUAUGCUUUCCCCAAGGCGAUGAAGCAAGCUAGAGAGACUGGUAAAUACGAUAAGGUAUUCAAGUUAUAUGAAGAUGUUAAGGCUCGCCCGAACGUUGCAGGGUACCUUGUCAGCGAGAGAAGACAGAAGUAUCAGGACUGGGGCAUCUACCGGCAUUAUGAUGAUAAUGAUGCGGUUGCUGAGUAGCCUCUUUUGGUGUCAAGCACGCCUGUUUCGGUAACAAAAUGGAGUACUGGUUCAUGGAGGAGGAAUUUCGGAGGGGAUAUUAUGUUGUAUUAAUUGCUCAUCAAUCCAUACAAGAACUCCUCAAAAGACCAGUGUCGAAUUUUGAAUUGAUUUUUAGCAAUUAUUUAGUACUUGACUUAUAUCGCUAUAAGCUUCAUUAUUGUUGAAUCAUUUGAUAGUAGUUUAG